AUGCUGCAGCAUCGAGAAAAAAACCCAGAGAUUGAAGCAGGAUUAAAGCUUCUUAGUGCCAGACAAAAGCUGGAUGCAACAAAAGCCGAGGUUGAAGUGCUAGAGAAUGAAGAGGAAGAAGCUAAUUCACAACAUUUGGAUGAUUUGAAGGCCAUGGAUCCCAUGCACCGCACUUCACAAUACGUUGACGAACAAUUAGCUUUCAACCUUAACGAAAAACCAAAACUGUCAGUUGAUUUCAACUUGGAUGCGGCACCAUUUGUACCAAGACAACCUCAUAUUCCAGAAGGUGUCUUACCUAACGGACAUGAUCAAAUCCAGGACUUCACCAAGUUUCUGCUCAAAAAGGAUUUGCUUACCUCUCGUCUCACUCGGUUUGACGAUCAGCCACAAACAUACAUUUUUUGGAAGGCUCAAUUCAAAGAAAUAAUGAACGACCUGGGUGCCACAAAUUCUGAGGAACUUGAUUUUCUUAUGAAAUGGCUGGGACCAACUUCUUUAAAGUACGCCGCAAGCAUUAAGUCAUCAAACGUUUCCAAUCCAACAGAAGCGCUAAGGAGAAUUUGGGAGCGUCUCAAUCAAAGAUAUGGCAGUCCAGAGCUACUGGAAUCUGUGUUAAUGUCCAGAUUAUCUUCUUUCCCAAAACUUACCAACAAAGACAAUGUGAAACUAUAUGAUUUACUUGACUUGCUUUCCGAAAUUGAAUCACUUAUGCAAAAUCUGAAAUACUCGACUCUGCUGGUUCACUUCAAUUCAUAUUCUAGUAUAGCUCAUUUACUCAGCAAGCUUCCCAACAACAUCCAAGAAAAGUGGACAACAUUUGCAUACAAAUACAAACAACAGCAUGCUGUUAUUUUCCCUCCAUUCUCCUAUUUUGUCGAAUUCAUGGAAGAUAUCAGCAGAAUGAAAAAUGACCCAGGAUUCAUGUACACCAGCGAAAGUUCAACGGAUUCCUCCAAACCCAAGGAGAGAGUUGGACAAAAGAACACUCAAGUGAAACACUGGAUUUCGACUAAAAAGACUGAAAUAAAGCAGAACUCAGAAAAUGCUAAGUCUGCCAUAGUAUGCCCUCUGCACAAGACCAACCAUAGUCUUAAUGACUGCCGUGGGUUCAGAAACAAGUCACUUGAAGAAAGAAAAUGUUUCGUGCGUGAGAAAAAACUCUGUUUCAGAUGUUGUAAUUCAGAUCAACACGAAUCCAGGGAAUGCAAAGAGCAAAUUCACUGCAAUGAGUGUGGAAGCAACUCUUAUCCUAGUGCUCUUCACUCCAGUAUGUCUGUGGUCCAUCAUGGUGGGGAGAAGAUGAGUCAUGUAACAUCGGCAUGCACACAAAUCUCUAAAGAUCAAUUUUGCGGGAAGUCAUGUGCUAAGGUGAUUUUAGUGAACUUACACCAGAAAAACAAUCCAAACAAAUUGUUUAAAGCGUACACAAUACUCGAUGACCAAAGUAACAAAUCGUUGGUCAAAUCAGACGUCUUUGAUCAACUGGAUAUCCAUAGUGAAACGACAAACUUUCAGCUAACGUCUUGUUCUGGAAUAGUGGAUAUGUCUGGCAGACAAGCCCAAUAUCUCACAGUUUCAUCACUAGAUAGAUCAUCAUAUAUUGACAUACCGUUUGCCAUCGAAUGUAAUUACAUUCCGGAGAUCCGUGAAGAAAUACCUACACCAGAGAUUGCAAGAUCAUACGCUCAUCUCCAUGACAUUGCAAAAGACAUACCUGAGGUCGAUGAAGAUAUUCCGAUUCUACUCUUAAUUGGUCGUGACAUUCCAGAAGCUCAUCAUGUGUUAGAGCAGCGAACAGGCGCAAGAAAUUCACCGUUUGGACAGAGACUUACCUUAGGUUGGGUGAUACUUGGUGAAUCUUGUCUGAGCAAGGUCCAUCGUCCUAACUCAGAGGUAGUGAAUAAGACUUACCUUCUACCUAAUGGAAGGUCAUCCAUAUUCCAACCUUGUGCGAAUGAUAUACACAUAGAGGUUCGUAAAGACACUGGAUACUCACUUCGAGAUCUGGACGCAUCUGUAUUCAUGAAACAAAGGGACGACGAUACAAUUGGUCUCUCAGUAGAUGACAAGAACUUCAUCAGAACCAUGGACAAAGAUGUUCACCUCUCUAUUAAAGGGAAUUGGGAAGCUCCGUUGCCAUAUAAAGAGAAACGACUGCGACUUCCAAACAACCGAAUGUAUGCACUAAAGCGAGCUCAAAAUCUAGAUACCAGCCUCCGUCGAGAUCAAACCAAACGAGACAAUUUCAUUUCAUUCAUGAAAAAGGUACUGGAUAACAACCAUGCAGAGAUAGCACCACCUUUGGAAGUGGAUGAGGAAUGUUGGUAUCUACCGGUAUUCGGGGUGUACCACCCUAAGAAGCCGUCAAAAAUUAGGACCGUGUUUGAUUCUUCCGCUAAAUUUCAAAAUAUUUCUUUGAAUGACAUUCUUCUCUCUGGUCCGGAUUUGAACAACAAACUUUUGGGUGUACUUUUACGUUUCCGAAAGGAAUCUGUAGCCGUGACAGCAGAUAUAGAAUCUAUGUUUCACUGUUUUCUCGUUGAUGAGAAACACAGGAACUUUUUUUGUUUUUUCUGGUACGAAGACAACGACAUCAGCAAGAAAUUGAUCGACGAUCGCAUGAGAGUUUAUGUCUUUGGGAACUCGCCUUCGCCAGCUGUUGCCAUGUACUGUCUUCGUAAGGCAGCGUCUGCCAAUGAAGAAGUCUAUGGAUCCGAUGUAGUAGAUUUCGUGCGAAGAAAUUUUUACGUUGAUGACGGGCUGGUUUCUCUACAUACAGCAGAGGAGGCAAUAAGUUUGCUGAAACGGACACAGUCCGCCCUUAAAGCUGGUGGCAAUCUGCGUUUGCAUAAAAUAACUUCGAAUGACAAGAACGUUAUGGACGCAUUCUCUAUAGAAGACAGGGCAAAAGACCUCAAAGAUCUCGAUUUGAGCGUUGAUGAUCUCCCCAUGCAGAGAAGCUUAGGGUUGGAUUGGGAGCUCCAGUCAGACUCAUUUACAUACCGUCUAUCCAUGGCAGAGAGACCAUUCAGUAAACGAGGUCUAUUGUCUACAAUCAAUGGAAUCUAUGACCCAUUGGAUUUGUUUCUGCAGUGGUUGUAUCUAAGGAAAUCUUAA